AUGGUCCGGGCUGUGAGGUUAGAGCACCGUACCUUGCUUUCAGGCUCCGACUCAUCAUGGGCCUUUCCGGGUCCUGUGGCUGGGCUGCCCGCGUCUCCCCAAGACGUGGACUCCAGGCACCGACCGCAAGGUACUUUGUGUAAGUGCUCUCUUUCCCUCUCUUUCGCGUCAAGGCUCAGCCCUACAAAACGACGCCUCAGCUCGCAAGGGCCUGUGAUUGAUGUUUAUCCCCCGUCGUCUGGCCCCCGGUUCGCAAGCUCGCACUGCUCGCACUCGCAGGAGGACGUGGACGGAGCCGACGGCGGAGGAGGCGGUGCAGCAGCAGCAGCAGCGACCAGGGGAUUCGUACCAAGCUGUGCUGUGCUUCGCUGUGCUUAA